AUUUUCAUUCGCUUGUUUCAUACGUCCGGUGUUUUUCGCUUAUUAUCAACAUAUUAUUAUAAGUUUUAAAUAAGUUCGAUAACAAAAUUUAUUAGUUGAUCGUUAAAAUGUCUGACCCGAGAAAAAGAAAAUCACAUGAUAAUUUACAAUUGGACAAAAGAGCGAAAUUAAAGUAUCUCGAUUCGGAAGACGAUGACGAUGCGGAAAUCAAGCCGAAGGUGGCACUCCCGGAUAUAUCAGUGCUGAAACGAUCCAAACAGUGUCCCUAUUUGGAUACAAUCAAUCGACAUCUAUUGGAUUUCGAUUUUGAGAAGCUCUGUUCGGUUUCGUUAACACGGAUCAAUGUUUACGCCUGUUUAGUUUGUGGUAAAUACUUCCAGGGAAGGGGAACAAAUACCCAUGCCUAUACGCAUUCCGUGGCCGAGUCGCAUCAUGUGUUCUUAAAUUUGUCAACGUUGAAAUUUUAUUGUCUGCCAGAUAAUUACGAGAUUAUCGAUUCAUCUUUGGACGAUAUCAAGCAUGUUUUGACUCCUGUUUUUACGGCAAAGGAUAUAAGAAGCUUGGACAAGGAAGAUCAGAAAAUGUCGCGAACAGUAGAUGGAACACUUUAUUCGCCAGGAAUUGUGGGGAUGAAUAAUAUCAAAGCGAAUGAUUACUGUAAUGUAAUACUGCAGUCGUUGUCUCAUGUAAAACCGAUUCGUGACUUCUUUUUGAUCGAGAAAAACUAUGCCAACAUCAAGCGACCACCUGGCGAUACAGCAUUUACUCUGGUACAACGAUUCGGCGAACUGCUGAGAAAGUUGUGGAAUCCUCGAAACUUCAAAUCUCACGUAUCACCACACGAAAUGCUCCAAGCAGUUGUUUUAUGGAGCAGUAAAAAAUUUCAGAUCACCGAACAAGGUGAUCCGAUUGAGUUUCUGUCCUGGUUUUUGCACAGUUUGCAUAAACAUUUGCGAGGUAACAAACAGCCAAAUUCGUCGGUUAUCAAUCGAACUUUUCUCGGUGAAAUGAAAAUUUAUACUCGAAAGCUUCCUCCGACAGAGCUGGAUGAUGUUCAGAAGCAAUUGCUGUUGGCGACAGACGAAUACCAAGAAAAGGAAGAAACAUCAACCUUUUUGUACCUAACCUGUGACCUGCCAGCUACUCCACUGUUUAUAGAUGAGUUCAGAGAGAAUAUUAUACCGCAGGUCAAUUUAUAUCAACUUCUGGCGAAAUUUAACGCAGUUUCCGAGAAAGAAUACAAAACCUAUAAGGAGAACUUUCUGAAGAGGUUUGAGAUUACCCGUCUACCGAAGUUUGUCAUUUUGUAUAUCAAACGGUUCACUAAAAAUACGUUCUUUUUGGAAAAAAAUCCAACCAUCGUCAAUUUUCCGGUUAAGAACAUUGAUUUUGGUGAUAUUCUCACAGACAAGAACAAAAAGCUUCACAAGAAUACCAAGUACAAUCUGGUGGCAAACAUCGUGCAUGAUGGUGAGCCAAAGUCUGGCACGUAUCGUUGUCACAUUUUACAGAAAAGUACAAAUCAGUGGUAUGAAAUGCAAGAUCUGCACGUGACCAACAUUCUACCGCAGAUGAUAACCCUGACCGAGGCGUACAUUCAAAUCUAUGAACAGCAGGAAGGGGACGAGAAGGAAGGAUGACCGUAGCACAUGGAAGAAGCGAUACCGGUCGUGUUAAAUAGGUAAUUAAUAAGUUAUCUAUCCAUAUUAGAGUUAGAUAUUGCAUUGUUUCAUUAAAGCGCAUUUGCUAGAGUUAAGUUUUGUACAAUAAACUUACUAUCGGUUGUUAUCGUACAAUUGAAA